AUCUACAUUAACAAGAAACUUUUAUAAAUAUAGAAGCUCCGGAGUUUAGAUAUUCAAAGCAAGAAAAGUAAACAAGAUUGAGAGAAGAAAGUAAUGGCUGCCUUAUCGGAGAAAGACGCUGCAGCUUAUCUGGACGCAAGGCCUAGAUAUCCAAUCGACUGGUAUAAGAAGAUAGCCGAACGGACACAAGACCACAAAUUUGCUUGGGAUGUCGGAACUGGUAACGGUCAAGCUGCUAUUGGGCUUGUUGAACAUUACGAGAAUGUGGUGGCUACCGAUAUAAACGAGGCGCAACUUAAACGAGCAAUCAAACACUCAAGAAUCAGUUACCAUCACACUCCAAAAAACAUGUCAGAAGACGAAAUGGUAGCUCUAAUCGGUGGAGAAAACUCAAUGGAUCUCAUAGUUGCUGCACAAGCUGUCCAUUUUUUCGACUUAACCACAUUUUAUAAUGUUGCAAAACGUGUACUUCGUAAGGACGGUGGCCUAAUCGCCAUUUGGGUCUACAACGACAUCAUUAUCUCGCCAGAGAUCGAUCCCAUAAUGAAGAGCCUUGUCGACUCCACCCUUCCUUUUAGAACUCCUAUUAUGAAUUUGGCGUUUGAUAGUUAUAAAACGCUGCCGUUUCCUUUUGAGAGCAUAGGGAUGGGAUCUGAGGGAGAGCCUGUUAGGCUUGACAUUCCGCAUAAGCUUUCUCUUAAAGGGUUCAUAGGAUUCUUGAAGUCGUGGCAGCCUGCUAUGAAGGCUAAGGAACAAGGAGUGGAGCUUGUAGAUGAAGAUCUUAUAGCCAAGUUUGAGGAAGCUUGGGGUGAUGAAAACCAAGUCAAAGAUGUUUACUACAAGGCUCAUAUGAUUGUUGGGAAAAUUCCGGAAAUGAGAAGUGAAUCUGAUAAAGUGUCUGAAGACAGUAACAAAGACAACUUGCUGCAAACCGAUGUUGGGAGAAAGCAAGAAAGGCGACAACCAUCAGAAGAAGAAAAUAGACAAAGUAAGAAACAAAACACAAGUGAAGAUGAGGCAUGCUAGAGAAUAACGUGUGGUUAGCGAUUUGAGUUAUUAAAGUUUGUAUUAACGAAAAGAUGAAUCAUCGCGUCAGUAUUUUAGCAAUUCAAUAAGGGGUUUAAAUAAAUAAAAUCUUUUAAACCA